GUGUCUGAUAAUUCUUGAUUUACAUCUUUUGAAUCAUUUUUACAAGAUAAACUCUACAACAUGGCUUCAAAGGGACUUGCAAUUAUCGCCGGCGUCGGUCCUGGCACGGGUGCCUCCAUUGCCCGACGCUUUGCUAAAUCAUAUUCAGUCGUCCUUCUUUCUCGUACCCCCAGUAACUUUGAGCCCCUUGUUCAGGAGAUCAAUUCAAGCGGUGGAAAGGCCAUCGGUAUCAGCACCGACGUCUCCGACCCUAACAGUGUCAAGUCGGCCUUUGAUGAGAUCGAGAAGCAAUUCCCAGACCAUGCGUUGGCCGCAUCUAUCUUCAAUCCUGGCGGUGGCUUUGUGAAAAAGCCCUUUUUGGAACUGACGGAUGAAGAUUAUUCAGGGGCGCUUAACUCUCAGGCGAAAGGCGCAUUCUACUUCGCCCAGCGCUCUUUGCCCCUUCUUCUAAAGGCCAAAGAGAUAUCUCCUCACCCACCAACUCUCAUUUUCACGGGUGCAACGGCUAGUAUCAAAGGCUCCGCCCAAUUCGCUGCCUUUGCAAGCGGCAAGUUCGCUCUUCGAGCCUUGGCUCAGUCACUGGCUCGUGAAUUUGGACCGCAGGGUAUUCAUGUGUCCCAUGCUAUCAUCGAUGGUAUUAUCGACAUUCCUCGCACCAAGCAGUGGGUUCUGCCCCACCCAGAUGCUAAAUUGAGCCCUGAUUCUAUUGCGGACUCAUACUGGCAUCUGCAUACUCAGCCGCGGACUACCUUCGCUUUUGAGUUGGAUUUGCGACCUUAUAUUGAGAAGUGGUAGACGAAUAGUUAUUACGCCGCUGAUUGCCGUAGGGGAUGGAAUGCUAGGAUGAGUGUAUCUCGGCUUCUUUAUCUUGGACCAUAAUUGAAUGCAAACAGAUAGUUCCAAGUACGUCUAAUGGCUGAAUGUUACAUCACAACACUAGGUUACGG